AUGUUAGAAAGAGCUCUUACUUAUUGCUUACAAGAAGAAACACAUAUUUCAAUAGCUGACAUAAUGCAAAUAUAACAGAACCAACAAAUAAACAAUAAAUAACAAAAGAUUUAAGCUUAACCUUCUAAAAUAGAACUUCAAUAAUUUCCAUAAAAAUUUAUUAAACAGUCCUCUAUUAAGGAAUUAAUCAAAUAGACAAGUUAAGAAUUCAAAUAAGCACCUAAAAUUGUUUAAGAUUUUACUCCAUACCAGAGCGGGUGGUAAAAAAAUAUUCUUAACAAAUAUUAUAACAUCAAGACAGGAAAUAAUAGCAUUUUUUGCAACAGUAUAAAUUUAUAUACAAUAGAAACAAGAAGGAGAGCAUUUUCGAUAUAAAUGAAUUCCAAAAAAGUUAACUUAAGAAUACGGGACAUGUCAAUGAUUACUGCUAGAAAUUUUUAAUAGGAAACUAAUAGUUAGUUCUGA